GCCCGGGAGCGGCGCUCGGGGUUCCUGGUGGCCCUGAAGGUGCUCUUCAAAUCCCAGGUGGAGCAGGAGGGGGUGGAGCAUCAGCUCCGGAGGGAAAUCGAGAUCCAAUCGCAUUUGAGGCACCCCAACGUUCUCCGUCUCUACAAUUAUUUCCACGACCGGCGCCGCGUUUUCCUCAUCCUGGAGUUCGCCCCCAGGGGGGAGCUCUACAAGGAACUGCAGCGCUGCCGCCGCCUCGACGCCACCAGAACGGCCACGGUG